AUGAUUUGGUCCCUGUAUCGAAAUCACAGUGGAACUGACAACGUGAUUUCGUUCCAUACGCAUAUCAAUGAGACACAUCAAAUACUAUGUGAACUAAUAGGCUCUCCAGCGAUCGGUGAAGACAGUAUUGAUGAUAGAGAUCUGAAUUUAGCUACGUUACUGAACUAUGAUGAUAAAUUUGUUGAAUCAUCCAGUGAUGAGAAAAAUGAUGAAUCUGAUGCUGAAGAACAACGAACAUCAACAAAAAAAGCAAAAACGAGUAAAUCAGCUGCCAAGGAGGAUCCACCGGCAAAACGCGCAAAAACCGAAGUAAGUGGUACGAAAGCAUCAGUAGCCGCUGCAUCAACUACUGGUCCCAAUGGUGAAAAACGCUACGAGGUUGGAAGAAUGCGGUAUAUCAGUGUCAGUGAAUUUAAAAAUAAGCCGUAUGUGAAUAUUCGUGAAUAUUAUGAUGAUAAAGGCGUUGAAAAACCAGGCAAAAAAGGCAUUUCAUUAUCAUUAGAACAAUGGCAAAAAUUAAAAACGUUUGUUGAUCAAGUUGACAAUGAUCUGAAAAAAUAUUAG